AUUAUAUUAUAAUUAUUGUUGUGAUGUCAUGCGAGGUACCGAAUAUUUUCAAUCCUCUUUUCACUUUUGUAUUAUGAUAGCAUAAUCUUUUCGUAGAGAAUCGACGUUAGUGCGACGCCUCGCUGCCCUGAUGAAAAACAGAUGGAAACGAAAAAUAUGGCGUAUGAUAUAAUGACAUGCCCGAUACCUUCGCCGAUACGCGCGACUGUAUUUCCUAAUAUAUCGUCGUACAUAUAUGUAAUUCGGCGAAAUUCGGCGCAACAGAAUCACCAGAUCAGCUGUAUCAAGUAAAACGGCGAGCCAUAGGCGCCAGACACUCCACCGCUAAUAUCCACAUUUGACGCGACAAAAAGCGCUGCGUGAGAACGCAAUAAACGCUUAAAAAACUAGAACGAAGCUCUACGACACGGAACGUCUUUUCCCUCGAUACCGUCAAGGGACAUAUGUGAGAAGUUUGAAGUGCGUCAUUAUUAAUCCACUGCGUGUUUCAAUUAAAACGGUGACGAUUGUAAAUAGCAGAGUCUGCUAAGGAAGCUGCUCAUUAACACCUAUCAAUCUUGCGCCAAGGUUCUCCACACGUGAAGAUCUUUAUCAAAUUGUCAACAGUGCACGCGCAUAAGGAAAGCGUCAUUAAGAGCACAGGUAGAAUUAAGCGGCAUUUCUUUUCGGCCUCCGUUUAUACGAAGCUUUAGAAAUAUACGUGAUAAGAUCCACGAUGACUUAAUGAAAGCGCAGAGAACGUUACGCGACGUUCCGCUGCAGUUGUCGGACUCACACUUAUCUCCCGUUAAAUUUCGUUCAAGUUCAGUCGCACAAGUGUGGAUAGUGGAUUUGUUGAUUCUUGUAAUAAUCACCGUUGUAUAAUCACUCGAAUGAUGUCCACAACUGCAAAAGUUUCUGGAGUUGACGCGGAGUGCUUGCAGUCGACGGAGCGGAAAUGUCGUUUUAUGCCGAUAUUCGGCUGGUUACCACGAUACAAUCGAACGAAAGCUAUAUCGGAUCUCAUUGCGGGUAUCACUUUGGGUCUCACUAUGAUUCCACAAAGUAUAGCUUACGCUGCACUAGCCGGCCUGACAGCGCAGUACGGCCUGUAUUCUUGUUUCGUGGGCGGUUACCUGUACAUUAUCUUCGGCACCGUCAGAGAAGUCUCAAUCGGCCCAUCGUCUCUAAUGGCCCUUUUAACGCUACAGUAUACACGGGACAUGCCAAUAGAAUUUAUAGUGCUCCUGUGUUUUUUGGCUGGAUGCGUGGAGCUCUUGAUGGGCGUACUAAAUUUAGGAUUCUUGGUGGAUUUUAUAUCAAUGCCGGUAACGUCAGGUUUUACCUCAGCGACGUCGAUGAUUAUAAUCAUUGCCCAGUUACAAGGCCUCCUAGGAUUACAGUAUAAAUCAGCUAAUAUUGUCGAUAAUCUGUACAAAUUGUGUGCAAAUAUCGGCAACACCAGGCUACCCGAUCUCGCUCUCGGUAUCUGUAGCAUCUUGUUCCUUCUGCUUUUCAGAAGUCUGAAAGACAUCAACUGUCCUUGCACAGGAGACAAGAGAAAUCCUUCCAAAAACGUGCUAAUGAAGAAAGUACUGUGGUACUUUUCGAUUGGUCGGAAUGCUAUUAUUGUAUUCAUAACAACCACGAUAGCCUAUCAACUUGAAACUACUACAGGAUCUGCACCUUUUAGACUGUCAGGGAAAAUCGAAUCCGGCCUGCCUACCAUAUCGCUACCGCCCUUUUCAGCGCAAGUGGGCAAUCGAACUUACACAUUCCUUGACAUGUGCUCUCAUUAUGGAUCGGGCAUUGUCAUACUUCCUCUCAUAUCGGUCUUGGCGAACGUAGCGAUAGCUAAAGCAUUUGCAAAGGGUGCUAACGUCAACGCUACGCAGGAAAUGCUGACGCUCGGUCUUUGCAACAUAAUUGGCAGCUUUGUAUCGUCAAUGCCGACCGCUGGCGCAUUUACGAGAAGUGCUGUCAGUAGUGCCAGUGGCAUACAAACAUCUAUGGCUGGUUUAUACUCCGGUACCAUGACGUUACUGGCGUUGAGCUUCUUAACACCGUAUUUUUAUUACAUUCCACGCGCUACACUAGCGGCGGUGCUGAUAACCGCUGUGAUAUUCAUGAUCGACCUGAGGAUCAUAAAAUUGCUCUGGAAAGGAUGCAAAACCGAUGCUGUCGCGGUGGCAGGUACUUUUUUAAUCUGCAUAUUUGUCAACGUCGAGAUUGGAUUGCUUCUGGGUAUUGUUUACAAUUUAGUUUUCUUCAUUCGGCCAUCCGCAAGACCGACGAUUCAAGUCGUCCAUCGCAAGACUGAUUUAGGAAUUAGGUACAUAAUGUUGGAGCUCGACACGUAUCUUUCUUACCCUGCAAUGACUUUCUUUAUUAAUAAAGUAAUGAACUUAGCAAGAAACGAAGAAGAUGACGUUCCAUUGAUUGUGAACUGCGAGAGAUUCGUUAAUAUCGAUUAUACUACAAUGAAGGGAAUCGAAAUGUUGUCAAUAACGUUGAACCGUAAGCAAGAUCGAUUCUGGUUAUUGCAUCUUAAGUCCAACAUUGUAAAUUGUAUCAACGUACUUGUCGAUAACAAAUAUAUUCGUCUGAUCGGGAACGAAGAGAAUAUCACGAAUGUUCUUCAUAAUAAUACGUUAUCUAGCAGACAGUUUGAAAACUCUAUUAAUAUCAGGUCGAAAAAAGUGGAAGAAGUGAAAAACUCGAAUCAAGAAAAUUUUUCAAAUCCACAUUUACAACCAAAAGACUCGGAAGUUAUUGCUGAGGAAAUGAUAGUAAUGUUAUCCGGCGAAUCAAAAUUACAAUAAUCGCAAAAACAAAUUUGUUUUGUCCUCUUCGAUGAUCAGUUAUAACGCUAACUUUGUCAUAAAGCUACGCUUCAGAACGCAUGCUAUGUUCAAAAGUUAUCCUCUGUAACAUAUUACUUGACGGGGAUUUUAUAAAAAUACUUUUAAACGUAUUUUAAACGUGUGUUUGCGUUGACUUAUUCUUCCAAAUGGGCAGCAUUGUAUUGUGACAAUCGUCGUCGUCGUCAACAUCGUGAUCAUCGCCGUGCCACCAUUGUAUCUAUACUAAAAAUAAAUAAUAACAA